AAAAUGAAUAACACUAUUCAAAUUUAGGUUAUUUUUUUUGUGCAAAACACAGUUAUUACUGAAAAAAAUUGUGACUCAAUAGAACCGGAAGUCAAACAUUUGUUGUCACUAGAUACAUGCGUUCUGGCAAAAGUUCAACACAAGUAUGAAUGGUGUAAUUAGCAUUUACAGUGUUAAUCAUGUUGCGACUGGAUUAAACAGUUGUUGAUUGCAAAACACUUGAUCUGACAACCGAUAAAAGUUAUUUCAUUUAUUUCCGGAAGUCAAUGUUUUGUUUAUUUGAAGUAAAAAAAAUUAUCAUGUUAUAUUUUAGACUUUGAAAAUUCACGUGUUUCAAUCUAUUUUUAUUUACAAAUAAAUAACUACAGUAUCUCGGAUUACUUCUGCCAAAAACGUGCGAUUAGUUGGAUUAAAAGUUCUAUUGAAGUUGUUAAGAAACAAAUAUGAAGAACAGUGAAUUACAAGGAGUUCAAUAAUGUUAUAUAGAAAUAAUAAGUUCAUCAUGAAGCAGACGACAACUUUCAUUUUGAAGUAUUAUUGAUAGAAUUUAUAUUUUAGGAUAGUAUUUUAAAACUUUGACAGUGAGAGUGAAAGUAGAUCAGCUGUUUUACCCAUAAAUUUAUUGCAAUUUGAAGUGAAAAUGUUUCAUUUGUAUUUGUGAAUAUUGGCAUAGAUAAAUAACAAUGUGGAGAAAUUAGUGAUAUAGUGGCAUAUAAACAAUUAGAUCAAGGAUAGCCUACUAGUACUAAAUAUUAAAUAAAAGGCAUUAAAAGCAAAGGACAGAAUUGUAGUCCACAAUGGAGAAGUAUGAAAAUCUGGGAUUAGUUGGUGAAGGAAGUUAUGGAAUGGUCUUAAAAUGUCGACAUAAAGAGACUGGACAGCUUGUAGCUAUUAAAAAGUUUUUAGAAAGUGAAGAUGAUAAAAUGGUGAAGAAGAUUGCCCUUCGAGAAGUCAGAAUGUUAAAGCAACUACGACAUGACCACCUAGUCAAUUUAAUAGAAGUGUUCCGUAGAAAGAAAAGACUUUAUUUAGUAUUUGAAUUUGUUGAUCAUACUGUGUUAGAUGAACUAGAAAAAUGUCCAAAUGGAUUAGAUGAAAACACUGUUCGUAGAAUAUUGUGGCAAGUCUUGAAAGGCGUAGAAUUUUGUCAUGUACAUAAUAUCAUUCAUCGUGAUGUAAAACCAGAAAAUAUUUUAGUUAGUAAAUCGGGUGUAGUAAAAUUGUGUGAUUUUGGUUUUGCACGAACUCUUGCACAACCUGGAGAAUCUUAUACAGAUUAUGUAGCUACCAGGUGGUACAGGGCACCAGAAUUACUAGUCGGAGAUACAAAAUAUGGAAAAGCCGUGGAUAUAUGGGCAAUAGGUUGUUUAUUAUCAGAAAUGCUUACUGGUGAACCAUUGUUUCCUGGAGAUUCAGAUAUUGAUCAACUCUAUCAUAUAGUUAAAUGCUUUGGUAAUCUUACACCUCGUCACAAAGAAGUGUUCCUUAGAAACCCUUUGUUUGUUGGUAUGAGAAUCCCUGAAGUAAAGGAAACAGUGCCAUUAGAAAAGAAAUUCAACAGAAUAUCCUCCUUCGCUUUAGAUUUAAUGAAGCAAAGUUUAAGACUAGAUCCUGAUGAUAGACCUACAUGUACACAGUUACUGAAACAUGAAUUUUUCCAGAAAGAUGGUUUUAUUACUAGAAUUCAACAUGAUCUGAAACAGAAAGUACACAGAGAGACACACAAUAAUCCAUUAAUAAAAACAUCGUCUAGUGAAAAAGAGGACGGAGACGAUGCCAAAGGAUCAAAUAUCAAGAAAAAGAAAAAAAUUAAUGAUCUUAAAGAUAAUAAGGAUGUCAAUAAGAAAGACAACAAAAAGGAAACAGAAAAACUUGCUAAAAAGACUUCACAGCAAAACACGAGUUUGACCCCUGUAAAUGCUAAAUCCCCAUCUGGGGAUAGUCAGAAGGAAAAAGAGAAAAAUAUCAGAGACCAACGUGAAAAGGAAAAGACAAUGAUUAAAGACUCAAAAGUGUCUAAUAAUGUCAAAGAAAGAGACAAUAAAAUUAUCAAAGAUCAAACAAAAGACAAGGAAAAAACUGAUAAAAUUGAUAGGAAAAGUGAUAAAGAAAAUGAGAAGGAUAUUAAAGAAAAUGGUGAAGGAAUUAAAGAGACAACACCUUCAAUACCUCCUAUUGUGAAUAAUGCUGGUCAAACUAAUCAUGUUUCUACUACAAAUAAUCCACAGUCAAUGCCUUCAAUAACCAGCAGACCAGUUCUUGUCAUUAAAUCCCAGUGCUUUAACUUUUUAAGUCCUUUUCCUAGUAUGUCACCUUUUACACCUACAAUGACACCAGGUUCGUUCACUCCUAGUUUGUCGCCUAGUGUUGCCUCUGUACAAAUGGCAAGUCCGAUAGCGAACUCUCCAAUAUUUUUUGGUCCUCCCCCAUUAAGAGAUCGAGGGACACCUCAGGCAUGUUGGAUAACCGAAUUACGAAGAAAUGCAAGGUAUAAUGGGAUUGGCUGUUUCAAGAAAAUUGAGAUGGUCAGUGACAAGAUGGUGAAGAAGACUCCUUCCCACAUGCAAAAGAAAAACCUAACAAAUCACCACAGUAGUACUUUAAGUCCACAGCCAUUUCAAUCAGAGAAAAGUUUUCUUCAUGAUAAACUCAAAUCAAAAAGUCCGGAGAAAAGAGAAAAAGAAGGUCUUAGUUUUCCUGAAGUUAGAGGUGCUGAAGCUCAUCCUACAAAAACAAAACCUCUGCAGACUAAACAAAGAACAACCAUAGCUCAAAUACCUCACAUAACAAAUAUAGAUCCCUUUCCUUUUGCAAAUGCGGACACUAAUGGUAAUGGAAAUGACAAAGAUGACAAUCUUCCUAUCGUAUGAUGAUGAGCAGCAAUCAAAACCAAAUCUGACCUCAGGGAUAAACUUCAUUAUAUCAGUGAUUGGUCAGCAAAAGCUUUUUGUUCACAGUAUAUAACAUAUUAUACUGUCUAUAAAAGAAUACAAAAAGUGAGCCUGAUGAGACAUGUCAUCAGUUAUCAUCAGCCAGAACAUUUUGAUUCAGUAUGUCAUCUAUUCUAAUGACAGAAAAACAUCAAGAACAUCAUACGUUCUCAAACAGAUGUCAAUUCAUAUUUCAAAAAAAGUAAUUCAAAUUUUUGACUCAGUUUAUUUGUUUUUCUGAAAAUGUGAAAGUAAAGGUGCAGAGAAGCAGUUUAAAAUGGGGGCAAAUCUAUAUUUAGAAAUGUGGGAUAAUUUGAAUUUUUGAAGAUCUCAUUCUGACAGUUUCACGUCUGACUGUUUAUACAGGAAUCGUUGUCUUUAUUUACUUUCUAACUAUGUUCAUGCAAAGUAAAUAAAAACAAAAUUAUAUCGGUAAAAUUAUUGAAUUAUUACAGGAUUAUUAUUGUAAAUGAUAUCUACCGAUUUAUAUAAGGUCAGAUAUUUUUAAUACCUGAUAAGUACUAAUUCAUGUGAUAAUUGUAUAUGUGCCAAGUAUACUCCGUCUUCUUUUUAAGUUUGCAUUUAUUUUUACAUGUAAAGCUUUAUGCAUUUUGAAAUUUAAAAAGCAUAAAAAAGUAUUCUGCAUUUUCAAUUUCAUUAUGAAAUAGGAAGAGCAUUUUCAGUAUUAUUUGUAAAUUGUUCAAAUAUUAAUAUUUGCACUUUAUUUUGAUAUUCUAUGUACAGAAUAUUGAGUGUUUUUUUCCAUAUCAAAUCCCAUAUCAUAUUCCAUAUCAAUCUUAAUUAUUCAUAUCUUCUCAAGAGGUUUAUUUAAGGAUGUUCGCUACUCUUGAUUUUGACUUUUUGUCAGAUAUUCAGAAUCCUCUUGUUUUAUCCAUAUAGUGCCAAUAAAAAUUUUGCUAAUACCUACUUUUCUUUUCAUAAUUUUUUUACAUUUAGUUUAAAAAGCAAUUUUUAAAAAUAUAAAAUCUUGUUAUUUUUCAUAGUUCUUGAAAGAAAAAUGUGCCAAAGUUGAAAGUAUGAUAAUCUAAAGAAUCAGUUCCAACCAAAUUUUCAAUGGCAUACAUCUCAAAAUUAAUGACAUCAACAUUUUAUUUUUCCUGCUUUUUUAAUUUCUUUAUUUAUGUUUAUUUAUUACAGUCUUUUAAAAAGCUUGUUAUUUUGAAACUGACCAGCUAACAUCCUUAAGGGCCUGUUAUUGUCAACAUUUCCUAUCAAUAAGAUACUAUUGUCUUUGUUUAUAUUUAUGUAACACAUUUAUCAGUCAUAUCCAUUGCCUUCAUCAUUGGUUAAUGAUAUGUGUUAAGUAUUUCAUUCAGACAGAUAUGCAGAAAAAUCAUAUUUAUUACAAAAUUCAUGAUAGGAAAAUGGUUUUGACAAUUCUGUCAACUGAAUAUAUUUUUAUGCCCUGCCUCCAUUUGAAAUUAAGUCAUUGACUUUGAAUCGAAAUUCAUGCCUCAUACAUUAUGGGAUGUAUGAUAUUGUGAAUUUACCCCAAAAAAUUUAAUCAACAUAAAUAAAUGCACAGUAAUUUAUUUGAUAAGGAGGUAGACUUUAUAUAUGUAUGUGUUAUGCAAUUGUUUAACAAUGUUUUUUUUUAUUAGAUAGUGCAAAGGAUUUAUAAAGUAAUAUACAUCCUUGAUAGUGCAUUGUACAUUGCCUAAUAUUUAUUAAAUGUAAAUAGAGUUCUGUUACUAACUGAAUGUAUAUGUGCAAUUCUAAUAAAUUUUGUAAUAACUUAUUGCAAUAUUUAUAAUGUUCAUGAUAAAAAAAAACUGUUCACCAAGUUUUAUAUAUGAAUGGUUAAAAAAACAUCUGCUGAGCACCAGUAGAAAUGCAACAAAAUUUAUCCGAAGUCUACUUUUGGAUUCCUUUUGUAUGACAAUACAAAACAGUUCUUGUAAUCACAUGCACCAAGCCCAAAGGAUAAAUGAUAAAACUUUCAAUUUUUGAUAAAUUUGUAAGACAGCUCAAUAAUGGUUCAAAUUUGCUGUUCAAAAUGCAAAUUUUUAUGUAAAAAAAAGGGGCGGGAGGGGGGGGGGGGAUAAUAUUAAGGAAUUGAUGAAUGUUAGGAUUUCAUAUUGGAAAAGCUAUGAAAAUUGUCAGAAUUGUUCUGUAUUCAUAUGCAAAAUCUUACAGUUGUUAAACAACUUCCUACGAAGAUGGGUUUGUUUGAAUUUAUAUUUGAUGGAAAAUACACUUAGGUGUUGCAUUUCUAUUAGCACUUUAUAUAUAUUAGACUCAAAUAUCAUUUUUGGAUAAAAGGCAAAUGGCAUUAUCUUUAGGAUUUCUUUUACUUAUCUUUCAAUCUGCAUUUUCCAAAAAUGAUCUAUUCUCAGAUAGAUUUCAAAAAGAAAGCUUCUUAAUAAUUGAUUUUAUCACAAUCAUGUACUUUUACAUAUACAUGUAUAUACAUACUAAAAAAAUGUUUACAAGGGUGAUAAUAGCUGAAUAAAACAGAAUGAAAUAUUUUAUGCCUAUUUGAUCAUCCAUUAAAAACUUCAGAAGAAUAAUUUACUAUUGUACCUUGUGACACCAUCUUUGACUUUGUAUCCUAUUUCAUUGUAUUCCUCCUCUCACUGAGUAUGGGUGAUAUGAAGGAAUGAUUUAUACAAGUAACUAUCAAAUUAAAAAUGACUAUCUGGUAUAUGAUUUAUUCCUGGAUUAGCUCAAAAAAUAUUUGUUUCCAUUUAAAUUACUUAACUUUUUUCAUAGAAGUUCCUUUUACGAGGAUGUGGAUGUGUAUGUUUUCAUUAUUAUAUAAAAACAAAUCUAAAUCCCAUUGUUCCUCUUUGUCAUCAUUUAUUUAUUCAUGCUAGAUUUUUAGUCAUUUCAUGAUUUGAAAUUUUUGUUAAUUGUACAUCAAAUUGCUAUUUUUAUGAUUUGGAAACCUAGAGAUAUGUAUAAUAUCUAUGAAUAAGGCUUACAGUAUUAUCAGUAUCAAAAUAAAUCAGUAUUACAUAUUUUACUCAUGUUAACUUUUAUAUGAAAAAAUAUGCUCAGUUUUGUUUUAAUGUUGAAAAAUAGCAUACGAUACCAAACCAAAAUUAAACCAACAUAGUCUAGAUGUCUUUAGUUGGAUGUUUAGUUCAAUAGAGUCUUCAAUAAGGUGUUUUGUAUGCAUUUAACAGAUACUAUUUAUUAUAAAUAGCAAAUGUAAUAUUAUUAAAAAUAGCCAAUUUAUGUAACAAAAUACCCCGGUUGGUCAUUUGUAUACAAAAUAAGUGUGUACUGUAAGCUGAACUUUCUGUGAUUUUAUGUAUGAAAGAAGACUGUGUGUGAGAUUGUUAAACCCUAUGUGACUGUAUUAUUAUAUUAUAUUAAUGAUCAAUGAUUUAAAUAUUGUUCAGAAUCUUGAAUUAUGAUAAGAUACGUGUUGUCAUCUUUGUUUUUAAAAGAUAACUAUUAUAUUACUAUCGCUACAUAUGUAUAUGCUGCAUUUGAUAGGAAAAUGAUAAAAGUAAUGAAAAAGUGCAUGAAUUAAUUUGAGAAUUUAUGAUUCAAUUUGGAUUGUUGUCAUUUUUACUUGUAAUCUCAUUCUUUAUAGUCUUUGAACAUUGAAACAAUCAAUCAAUCAUUUUAACAUGUUUGAAUAUUAAAGAGUACACAGAGACAUUCAAGUUUUUUGUUUUAAAAAUUUGACCACUUGGCUAUAUUUUUCAUGUUUCAUUUUGUUGCCAAGAAACCCUUAUUGUUUACCAGUUUUUAUGAUUUGUGGGAGUGAAUGAAUUUUAUAGAUAUUUUAUUGUAUGUGCCAAUUGUAUGAAUAUGUGAAGAUAUUGAGUAUCAUUUUUAAAUGAACCGACUACUCAUUUUGCAUGAACAUAUUGUUAUUUGUUUCAUUUCUUUAGAAAAUAAUUGUUCACAAAAUAUCACAUGUUUAUAUAAAAUGUUGUUUUGUUGAAAUGAGGAAAAAACUCAUGUUUUCACAAUAUUGGGUGCUUUCUCAAUUGAAGAAAGAAUAAAAACUGAACAUCCA